CCUUCAAAAAAAAAAAAAAAAACUUGUGCUGUGAUAUUUGUUAGCUAGUAGUUAGCUUACUCAGUAAGUCAGCCGACAACCUGAUGAAAAGUGAAUAGGAUAGCUAGCUAAGUGGACUAUUAACUGCCUGUACCCAUGGAAACAUUGAUUUGAUGGCUGCCAUCCGUAAGAAGCUGGUGAUCGUGGGGGAUGGCGCAUGUGGGAAGACGUGUCUGCUCAUCGUGUUCAGUAAAGACCAGUUUCCUGAGGUCUACGUACCCACAGUGUUCGAGAACUAUGUCGCAGAUAUUGAGGUCGACUGCAAGCAGGUGGAGCUGGCACUGUGGGACACAGCUGGGCAGGAGGACUAUGACAGGCUCCGCCCCUUAUCUUAUCCCGAUACUGACGUCAUCCUGAUGUGCUUCUCUAUAGACAGUCCUGACAGUUUGGAAAACAUUCCUGAGAAGUGGACACCAGAGGUAAAGCACUUCUGCCCCAAUGUUCCCAUAAUCCUUGUGGGCAACAAGAAGGACCUACGCAACGAUGAGCACACACGCCGGGAGCUGGCCAAGAUGAAGCAGGAGCCCGUGAAGCAAGAGGAGGGGCGGGAGAUGUCCAACCGAAUCAAUGCCUUCGGCUACCUGGAGUGCUCGGCCAAAACCAAGGAUGGAGUGCGGGAGGUGUUUGAGAUGGCCACCCGGGCAGCGUUGCAGGCCAAGAAGCGCUGCAAGAAGAAUCCCUGCCUCCUGCUAUAGAGGGGAGGGGUGGAAUCCCUGCCUCCUGCUAUAGAGGGGAGGGGUGGAAUCCCUGCCUCCUGCUAUAGACGGGAGGGGUGGAAUCCCUGCCUCCUGCUAUAGACGGGAGGGGUGGAAUCCCUGCCUCCUGCUAUAGACGGGAGGGGUGGAAUCCCUGCCUCCUGCUAUAGACGGGAGGGGUGGAAUCCCUGCCUCCUGCUAUAGAGGGGAGGGGUAGAAUCCCUGCCUCCUGCUAUAGACGGGAG